UGCAGUUUGAUGGCUCCCUACUAAAUGAAUGCAGUGGGAAUGGACGAGCAAGACACACACUGCUGGUCAGAUAGCGCGCACUGCUGACCUCCGCACACACUAUCAGCUCAUCGGGAUUUCUUGCCAACUUUUGACUUUUGAGGAUUUCUGCUGGUUUUUUGUGGUUUUUUUAUUUUUAUUUGCAAAGAUACGUGUUGGUUGACCUCACUAACUGUUUUCUUUAUUAUAGGACACGAGUGAGGACACAGCAUGCUGUCCUCCCUGAAGACCCUGCUGCUGCUGUCGGUCCUGUGCACACCGACCUCCAGCCUGUGCCUCCGCCUCUACCAUUCCCGCUCCGAUCUCCUGUGCGACGACCAGGUGGCAGUCGGGGUCCGGAGCGACGAUGAGGAGCCGGGUUACUCCCCCGUGGACGACUGGGGGUCCCUCCUGCAGUCCGCGGAGUAUCUCACCUCCUCCUCUUCCUCCUCAUCAUCUUCUGCCGAGUCCAGCCGGGAAAAAAGGACUUCAAGUCCCGCAAACUACCGCUUCAUGAGCCGGACCAAGCUCAGAGGGCAAAUGCUCCGCAACAGCAGCAAAGGGGACCGGAGGAGCAGGCUGACCCUGUCCCUGGACGUCCCGACCAACAUCAUGAACGUCCUCUUUGACGUGGCCAAGGCCAAAAACCUGCGCGCCAAGGCGGCCGAGAACGCGCGCCUGCUGGCUCAGAUUGGACGGAGAAAGUGAACAUGUCGGACAACUUAGAUUUAAUAGACAGCCAUGACCAGUGUUGGCCUCCUCGUUACUCAAAUGUAAUGAAUUACUAAUUAUUCACUUUUAAAGUAAUGGUGUUGAUUUGUUUCUCCAGGGGAAGGGUAUUUUCUUUCCAAUCACAUUACAGAUAAAAGAUUUCUAAUGUAAUUUAGUGGCUCUCAUGUGAAUGGUCCUUGGAGUCAAAGUCUCUGAUAAUAUAUAUAUAUAUAUAUAUAUAUAUAUAUAUAUAUAUAUAUAUAUAUAUAUAUAUAUAAUAUAUAACUGAAAGGUUGGGUGAUGAUUAUUCAUGAUGAUGAGUUUGAGUUAAAACCUUUGUGGUGAGAAUAUCCAUGUGUUUAUGCACAACAGUGACACUUAAAUCCAAACAGAAUAAAGUCAAGAGCAAUAAGGACAAAGUUAUUGUACUUUGUAUCAAGAUGAUUGGCCAGUUCAGGCAAGAAAACAUGAGAUGUGUUUUGCAUUGGAAACAGGUGAACUUGUCUCACCCUUUGACUUUCAGAUCUGAAAAGACUUGUGGAUUUCUUUAAAUUUACUUUUAACAUGUUGAAAGUAAAGCAGGAUUGCUCUCAGUAAAGACAACCCCCUUAGAUUUUCCUUAAUAGUAUAAUGAAUGUUGUAUGUGGUUUGUUCGCCCCAGAGUCAUCAAAUUUUAAAUAUUGGGCUAAAGAAGAAGAACAAAGCAGCUGUGAUCAUUAAUUCUUACAUCCUCAGCAAAAGACCAAUGAAAUGUUGCAUAAUCAUAACAUCAGAUUUGAUAUCAUGAUGUUAUCUCCCCUCCCCUCUUUGCUGCUUCAUUUAUUCAUAUUUUACAAGGUUUGCUGUUAAGGAGUUCCCAUGGGAGCCAGUAAUGAUUCCAGAUGUGAUAAUGUGAAACAUCAACACAAUACUGACACUGAAAUACUGUACAAACCAACAGCAAGAUCAUGAAAUACAGUAAAAUGCAAAUGCAUGGGAAUGUAUGUGUUCAUCAGAUGUCUGUUAUUUUUAUACUCAAAAUAAAGGAUUAUUUUUCCUCAAAUAAAGCAGAUGUAACUAACUGCA